AUGGCUUCUUUGAGUCCGUUCCAACGUUCUAUAUACAAAUUUUAUUCUCUUUUCAUGCAUAUUUAUUUCACUUGCUUCGUUAUUGCUUUAUAUGUAGGAAUAGUACCGAUAUGGCAGACGGAUUCUGUCGAAGUCCUACAAGCCAUUUCGGUUAUAAUAUUGUGUACACUUAUUUUAGUUAAAGCUGCCAUUUGUCAAAGGAAAAAGGUUACGGAAAUGAUAAGUGAAAUUGAAGAUCACGAAAAGGAAAUUGAUACGUGGAACGAUGAUAUUAUUGAUAUUUAUACGAAAAACGCGAGAUAUAAUACGUUUCUUUCACUUUUUUUGUUUACUGCUUCGACAUUAUGCGGAAUUACUUUAAUAACGACCAAAUUUCUUGUUUAUGAAAAACAAUUGAAAAAAGCAAAACUGGGAUUGUUGAAUGAAAGUCUUGUAGAAAAACCGUUGCCUUACGUAAUAUGGCGGCCUGUUGACGAGAAAACGAACUAUUGGGAAGCUUUUUGCUUAGACACCCUUUCAGCAUCGAUUGGUUGUACUUUCAAUUCGAUAACUCAGUUGAUAUUUUUGUCAUUAUUGACUUACAUAUCGGGGCAAUUGCAAAUAUUGCAAUUUAACUUUAGAAACUUCGGUAGAAGCUGCGCUAAUUCGAAUGGACGUAACGAAAAAUUGAAACUCCUCAGAAAACUUAUAACGAAACAUUUAGACAUAAUUUCGUGA